AUGACUAUCUCUAGGAAUCGGAAAUUACGGGGGGUGGACAAGGCGAAGGCUUUUCGUGAUUUUGCGAAGUUGAUCAGCCGCUCAGAGAAUCCAUUCAUCUCAUUUGGGCCCGUUCUUCGAUUGGGACUGGGUAUUUUACCCGCGGAAGAGGAUGAAGACGAGGUCAUUGUUCCUAUGCCCCGCGAGGAACACGAUGAAUAUAUGCGCAUCUUCGAGGGGUGCCCAGGUUGGACAACGAUCGUAGCCAAGCUUGAUCGGGGAGAUUCAAAGCUGCUCAAUGUUCUCGUCGAUGAGACACUAAUUUCAUCUACAUUAGGCCGUGGCAAGGCCCCCACGUCCAGCGCUUUCGACUCGGACACUGGAUCUGACUCCCAAUACGACAAGGAGACCGAGAACAUUCAGCCGCGCUUACGCCAAGCAAGAUCGACGACUGCUUCACCCCAAGCAAACUCUCGCAAUUCGACGAAAGUUCAAGAGACUGUCCAUACCCUGCCUCAACAUUCGAAAUCUUGA